CUCCUUCUCCCGGCUCGUCCUUCCCCGGCCUCCAUCCCCUCGUGGGAAACAAUCCCUGGCCUCCACGUUCACGCGGCGAGGGAGCUGCGGUAUCCUGAAGCCAUCGAAGGCUGUGUGGCGGUGGAAGGUCUGGGAAAGAUUUAAGAAGAGAGAGAACCUAAAUUGGUAAUAAAUCAAUAAGAAACAAAUGUAUACAUUCACUCAGUGAAAAGUAUCAUGUAUAAGUUCAACAUAUAUCGGAGCUACACAUGGACACCUCUCCCUCCUCCAUUAAGAGUGAAAAAUGAGCAAAUCCCAGGAACAGGUGUCAUUCAAAGAUGUGUGUGUGGACUUCACCCAGGAAGAGUGGUACCUGCUGGAUCCUGCUCAGAAGAUACUAUACAGAGAUGUGAUCCUGGAAAAUUACAGCCACCUCGUCUCAGUAGGGAAUUGCAUUACUAAGCCAGAAGUGAUCUUUAAGAUCGAGCAAGGAGAAGAGCCCUGGAUAUUAGCGGAGAAAUUCCCAAAACAAUGCCGCUCAGAAGACUGGAAAGUUGAUGACCUGAUAGAGAGCAGCCAGGAAAAUCAAGAUGAACAUUUUUGGCAACUUGCUUUCACCACCAACAAAACAUUAAGUACAGAGAGUGGUGAUAGAGUAAGGAAAACUUUCAAUCUAGGUACAGACUUUGUUCCUUCAAGAAAUGUUCUAUACAAAAUAUGUGACUCAUGUGAAAUGAGUUUGAAAAAUAUUUCAGGCUUAAUUAGUAGUAAAAAGAACUAUUCUGGAAAGAAGCCUGAUGAGUUUAAUGUAUAUGAGAAAUUGCUCCUUGAUAUUAGGCAUGAGAAAACUCCUACUGGAGGGAAAUCUUAUAAAUAUAAUCAAAAAAGAAAUGUCCUCAAUCACAGCCAGGAUCUCACUCAGCCAAUUUUUGACCAGCCUUUUGAGUAUAAUGAAAAUGGACAAGGCUUCCAUGGGGAGGCAGAGGCAGCAUUUUUCACAAAUAAGAAAGCUCAGAUAGGAGAGACACUCUGUAAAUAUAAUGAAUGUGGAAGAACCUUCAUCCAAAGUUUAAAGCUCAAUUUAUCUCAGAGAACACAUUUGGAAAUGGAGCCAUAUGAAUGCAGUAUUUGUGGGAAGUCCUUCUAUAUGGAUUUAAGAAUGGGACAUCAGAGAGCUCUUACCAGGGACUGUCCUUAUGAAUAUAAUGAAUAUGGGCAAAUUUUCUGUGAGAAUUCAACUUUCGUUAUCCAUCAGGGAACUUACCCAAGAAAGAUUCCCCAUGAAUAUAAAGUAAGUCACAAACCUUGGGAAAAGUCAGCCCUGUUUAAACAUCAGAUAGUACACAUGGGGGUAAAACCUUAUGAGCACAAUGAAAAUGGAAAUACUUUCAACAAGAAGUCACAUCUCACCCAACUUCGAAGAACUCACUCAGGAGAAAAAACCUUCGAAUGUGGUGAAUGUGGGAAAACAUUCUGGGAGAAGUCAAACCUUACUCAACAUCAGAGAACACACACAGGAGAGAAACCCUAUGAAUGUACUGAAUGUGGGAAAUCCUUUUGUCAGAAACCACAUCUUACCAACCAUCAGCGAACACAUACAGGAGAAAAACCCUAUGAAUGUAAGCAGUGUGGAAAAACAUUCUGUGUGAAGUCAAACCUCACUGAACAUCAGAGAACACACACAGGGGAGAAACCCUAUGAAUGUAAUGCAUGUGGAAAAUCCUUCUGCCACAGGUCAGCCCUAACUGUACAUCAGAGAACACACACAGGAGAGAAACCCUUUAUAUGUAAUGAAUGUGGGAAAUCCUUCUGUGUGAAGUCAAAUCUCAUUGUACAUCAAAGAACUCACACUGGAGAGAAACCUUAUAAAUGUAAUGAGUGUGGGAAAACCUUCUGUGAGAAAUCAGCUCUCACCAAACAUCAGAGAACUCACACAGGGAGAAACCCUAUGAGUGUAAUGGAUGUGGGAAAACCUUUAGUCAGAGGUCAGUACUCACUAAACAUCAGAGAAUUCACACAAGGGUUAAAGCUCUUUCAGCAUCCUGAAUGUUCAGAAGCCUUCAUCUACUCUUCCAAAUUCAUUAUACAGAUUUUUAAAAUGAGAUUAAUGAAACCCAAGGAAUGCCACAAAUUACUAAAAAGUGAGGGUUUGUACUUUAGAUAACUAGUACUAGAAUAAAACCUUAUUAAUGCUUUGAAUAUGUGAAAGCUUUUAAGGAAAAUUAAAUGUUUUCAUCAGAAAAAUUUAUAUUGAGGGGAAAUUCACUUAAGUAAUGUGGUAAAAGUCUUUGUCUAGAAUUUAUGUUGUGUCCUGUCAUAUUCUGGAUUGUCAUACCAAAAUUUUAUUGUAAAUAUAAUGAAUGAGAGUCACUUAUAUUCACAGUGGAAUCUGAAGUUUAAAAAAGUUAAAUGACAACAGCAUUAAACAUUUAUGUGAAGAGUCCUUGAUGUUUGCCAGCCUUAUGUGAGUAUGCUAAUAUAACAGAAAUUUGAGUUAUGCUUAAUUUGUGUAUUAGAGCCCAACAUGCUUGUGAAGAAAAAAAUCUGAACCCUUAGGUAACUUUUAUGGUUUAUGUUAUUAUUUCUUACUCUAGAUACCACCACUGUCUUUAUAGGUUGCUGUAAUUAUAUAUGUAUAUAUAUGUAUAUAUAUUUAUAUACACAUAUCAACACACAGUAGUAUGCUACAGUAAGCUCAUAGUGACUUGCAAGUACUGCUGAUUGUUAAACUUUCAGGAAUUUUGUGAGCCAGUUGUUAGAACAGUCACCAGUUAAAAAUGAAACUUACCGUUAUAUUAUAUUAAAAACAAAGGUAAUAAGUACUCAACCCUCAUCACUACCUAGUUGUUUUACAGUAUUUUGCUAUUAUCUUUGGUUUUUUAGGUUUUUUGUAUUGUUGAAUGUGCAUGGUGAAUACUGUAUAAUAAUAUGUUACUUCCCAACUCUACAUUAACUGCUAUCACUGCCAGUACCUUGGCUUUAGUAGGAAUAUUUGCACCAUGGAAAUUGUCAGUUUCUGUAAAUUAGUGUUUUUUUCUUCUCAGAGAACCUGUUGUCAAAUAUUUACAGUAGCACACCACUGUGUAUAUAUGACAAUACAUUUGGAAAAUUUAAAGUAGAAGCUACAUACCCUUUCUCUCAUUUCCUGACAUAAAUGACUCUGGCCAUUAUUACUGAAUGGUCUGUUCAUUAAAGAAGCCAAACAAUGUUUUUGUGAGGUUUCACUACCUCUAUAUAACUCCUAUUCUAAACACUACUGGAGUCUCUAUUGUGGCCAGUAUGUGCUAUUUUAUGAGCAUAUCACAUCACACAUUUUCUCUGACUUUGUUGGCAUACAUGAGUUAGUAUGGCCAUCAUUACUGAGCUGCUUCUUCCAUAAAAAAGCCAAACAAUAUUUUUAUGAGGUUAUUCAGCUGCCUUGGGUCAGUCAGUAAUAUAAAUAACAAUGAUAUUUAUAUCAAUUUUGCAAAGGUUAACGUCAGUUAUGAGCAUCAAUACUCACUGCAUUCUACAAAUAAAAAGUAGUGGUAUGUAAUGAAAUGCUUCUGUCAUACUUUUGAUGCUUCAUUGCUGUAUCUGUUUAGUCGUGUGUGAAACCCAAGUUGUAUAUAACCCGGGAAUUGUGUAUUUGUAUUUAAUUUGAUAGACCAUAAUAUACUGUCUCUCCUU